AACGCAGCAUCAGACUCCAGCUUCCUCACACGGACAGACACGCAGCCAGCAGCCAGUGUUUGGACUAACUAAAGUCUGCCGCCGCUGCUGCUGCUGUGGUAGCGGCGUUUACACACCUGAACACCCCGCCAUGGACCUCUCAUUCCGUGGACAGGACCGCAGGCACGCGGCGGACCGGAGGACGUGAAUGCAGCUGCGGAGCCGUUAGGAGCGAAAACAAAAGGAGCCCGCCGAGUGGAGGAGACGAUGGUGGGGAGAGAAGCGGCUGCGGCGGCGGCACCAGCACCAGGAGGACCAGCGGCUUUCACGCCGAGCCCAGCCGCAGUUUUCUGAACUUUGAAACGGGCUUCUGCGAGAAAAUCCUCCAGCAUGUCGGAUCCAAGUCACUGGUCUGCGGUACCGAGUCACAGCAAGUCCCAUUUUGUUCCGGGAGCGUUGCUGAAGCGCUCCAAAAGCUGUCGUAGCAGCAACAGGAAGAGCCUCGGUGUCGGGACGCCCUCACCCACACUGUCCCGGCCACUUUCCCCGCUGUCCUUCCACACCGCUGCGAGCAGCCCUCUAGACAGCCCUCGAAAUGUGUCCACCAAUGCCUGCCUCAACUUUCCAUUUGCCCGAAGUCACUUGGCUCGCGCUGACAGAGCUGAGGGCCGGCGAUGGUCCCUGGCGUCCCUCCCAUCAUCUGGCUAUGGAACCAAUCCGCCGAGCUCCACUGUCUCGUCCUCCUCGUCCUCCCAGGAGCGUCUUCACCAACUUCCCUACCAGCCAACACAAGAUGAGCUGCACUUCCUCUUCAAACACUUCCGCAGCACAGACAGCAUGACGGACGAGGAUGGACGGCCCUCACCGGUCAUACGUCCUCGGUCUCGGAGCCUCAGCCCGGGGCGAUCAAGUGUCUCCAUCGAUAAUGAGAUAGUCAUGAUGAACCAUGUUUACAGAGAACGUUUUCCAAAGGCCACAGCCCAGAUGGAGGACCGCUUGUUGGAGAUUGUCACCCACUGCUCUCCAGACAGCUCCCUCCCGCUGGCUGACGGGGUGCUGGGCUUCAUCCAGCACCAGUUGGUGGAGCUGGUCAGAGACUGCCUGGACAAGUCCCAGAAAGGGCUGGUGACUUCCCGCUACUUUGCUGAGCUGCAGGAGAAGCUGGAAAAGCUGCUUCAUGAGGCCUAUGAGCGCUCUGAAAGCGAGGAGGUGACUGUCAUCACCCAGCUGGUCAGGAAGAUCCUCAUCAUAAUCUCUCGGCCUGCUCGCCUCCUUGAAUGCCUGGAGUUCGACCCGGAGGAGUUUUAUCAUUUACUUGAGGCAGCAGAAGGUCAUGCUAAAGUCGGCCAGGGGAUCAAGACGGACAUCCCACGGUACAUCAUCAGCCAGCUGGGUCUGACACGGGAUCUGUUGGAAGACAUGGUACAGCUGGAGCAGUAUGAUACCAGUCCUUCAGUGUCAGUGGAACCAGACGCAGCUGUGGAGAAUAAGGCACCACAGACGCUGACUCCAACUCGAAGGAAGCCUCUUGAGAGUGAUUUUGAGACCAUUAAACUAAUCAGUAAUGGAGCUUAUGGGGCUGUGUAUCUGGUCCGCCACAAGGAGACUCGCCAACGUUUUGCCAUGAAAAAGAUAAAUCGCCAGAACCUGGUGCUGAGGAACCAGAUCCAGCAGGCGUUUGUGGAGCGGGACAUCCUAACCUUUGCUGAGAACCCUUUUGUUGUUUCUAUGUUCUGCUCUUUUGAGACACGCCGUCACCUGUGCAUGGUCAUGGAGUAUGUAGAAGGCGGAGAUUGUGCCAACUUGCUCAAGAACAUGGGUCCGCUGCCUGUGGAAAUGACAAGGAUGUACUUUGCUGAAACAGUCCUGGCUCUGGAGUACCUUCACAACUAUGGCAUUGUGCAUCGGGAUCUCAAACCUGACAAUUUGUUGAUUACGUCCAUGGGCCACAUCAAACUGACAGACUUUGGUCUGUCUAAAAUUGGCCUAAUGAACAUGACCACCAACUUGUAUGAGGGUCACAUGGAGAAAGACACAAGAGAAUUUAUUGACAAACAGGUAUGUGGCACUCCAGAGUACAUUGCCCCAGAAGUGAUCCUCCGACAGGGCUACGGCAAGCCAGUGGACUGGUGGGCGAUGGGGAUCAUCCUCUAUGAAUUCCUGGUCGGCUGUGUUCCGUUUUUUGGAGACACUCCUGAAGAGCUUUUCGGACAAGUUGUCAGUGAUGAAAUCAUUUGGCCAGAAGGAGGUGAUGCCUUACCUGCUGAUGCCCAGGACCUGAUCACCCGCCUGCUGAGGCAGAGCCCUUUAGACCGACUAGGAACAGGUGGAGCCUCAGAGGUGAAGCAGCACCCGUUCUUCCUGGGCUUGGACUGGAACGGACUUCUCCGACAGAAAGCUGAGUUCAUCCCUCAGCUGGAGGCGGAGGAUGACACCAGCUACUUUGACACGCGUUCAGACCGCUACCAUCAUUUAGCAUCUGAUGAGGAUGAAGAAACCAAUGACGAAGAGUCUUCCCUAGAAAUCAGGCAGUUUUCUUCCUGGUCGCAUCGCUUCAGCAAGGUGUACAGCAGCACAGAACAUCUGGCGACACCGUCCAACCUGAGCUUCUCCUCGGACCGCAGCCACAGCGAGGACAAGGAGGACCGUGGAGACAUGGGAGGACUUGGUCCCUCCCCGAGCCCAGCAGAUGGCAGUAUGGAGCACAGGCAUUCUGGACGCAUGGCCAGUCUUCGCCCUCGGGCCUCCUCCAGCUCCUCCCAGUCUGAGAGGAGCACCAGUCCUCUGGUGAUGAGCAGCACUCAUAGCCUGGAAACGAUGCCCCGCUUUGCCCUCUCCACCGAUGAUGAAGCUGAGGUGGUGGUGUCAAACCUUCGGAGGAUCAGGAUUCGCAGCAACAGUACCGGGGGCAAACACUCAUCCCCCAAGGACCCAGCUGGCCCUCGACGCUUCGGUAACCAGCUGGAGACGCCGGACAGACAGAGGCUUCCCUGUGGAGGAAAGGUUCCCAAGUCAGCCUCCGUCUCAGCCCUAUCACUCAUCAUCACUACAGAUGACUCGCCCAGCAGCCUCCAGCCUGGUCCUAUCUCACCCCGCUCACUGUCUUCCAACCCUUCAUCUCGUGACUCUUCCCCCAACCGGGAUCUGUUACUCAGCCCCACCAGCCUGAGGCCACCGAUCGUCAUCCACACCUCAGGGAAGAAGUACGGCUUCACCCUGCAGGCCAUCCGGGUUUACAUGGGCGACAGCGACGUCUACACCGUGCACCACAUGGUGUCGAGUGUGGAGGAGGGCAGCCCGGCUCACCAGGCAGGUCUCUGCACUGGAGACCUCAUCACCCACGUGAACGGAGAGUCUGUUCAAGGCCUGGUCCACCCAGAGAUGAUAGAACUGCUGCUGAAGAGCGGCAGCAAGGUGGCUCUGCAGACCAUAGCGCUCGAGAACACAUCGAUCAAAGUCGGUCCAGCUCGAAAGACCAAACACAAAGGCAAGAUGGCUCGUCGCAGCAAGAAGAGCAAGAGGAGAGAUAAUUAUGACAGGCGACGAAGCAUCUUGAAGAAACUGUCCAAGCAGAGCACAGUGAUGCACAGCAGCCGCAGCUUCUCCUCAGGUCUUCAUCACUCUGUCUCCUCCAGUGAGAGUCUUCCAGGCUCCCCGACACACAGCCUCUCCCCCGGCCCCUCCACCCCCUGCCGGAGCCCCGCACCCGACCAUCAAGGCUUUGACAAUAACUCUCCUCAGAGCACGUCUCCUUGCUCCAGCUCUCCCAGUUCCCCCGCUGCCCACAUCCGACCCAGCUCUCUUCACGGUCUGGGCUCUAAACUGAGCACGCAACGCUACACCAAGGUGGGCCGUCGGAAAUCCACCAGUAACAUCCCCCCCUCGCCUCUGGCCUGUAACUCUUCCUCGUCCUCCAACCAGCAACUUUCCCCGCAGCGCUCGCCCUCCCCACUGCCAGGCUUUGCCAAAACCCUGCACACCUACCACGGCAAAACGCUAUCGCCCCCCACCAUCGUUAGACACAUUGUUCGGCCCCGCAGCGCAGAGCCGCCUCGAUCUCCUUUGCUCAAGAGGGUGCAGUCAGCUGAGAAACUGUCCGGAGUGUAUCAUGCUGACAAGAAGUCAUACGCCCCCCGCAGGCACACGCUGGAAGUGCCGUUUUACGGUGAGGGUGACCUGCUGGGUGAUUCAGAGGUUGAGGGGGCCUGUGGAGGCUUUUAUCUCGGGGCCGACCACAGCAGAUUGGGAGGUUACAUAAGCAGCCAAAGGAUGCGGGACUCCGGGAUUGAACGAUCGGAGCAGCUGGUUGUGAUGCGGAAGCUCAAUCUAUCAGAGCGGCGAGACUCCUUUAAGAAGCAGGAGGCCGUGCAGGAGGUGAGCUUUGAUGAGCCAGAGGAGAAGACCAGCAGCACGGUGACCGGGACCACCGCAGCGCCAGGAGCCCAAACACAGCUUCAGCAACACCAGCACAGGACGGCCUGGAUGAACACUCGAUCCCAGACCAGCGUGGAGGUGGAGCUGGAGGUGCCGGUGGUGAGGAGGUUCACACUGGUGCCCCAGAUCGCUGUGCAGGGCUCAACAGAGAGCGAAGAGCAGGACGAGUGGGAGCCGUGUUCAGACGGAGAGGAAACCAGCGAAAAGCCUGAGCUGGAGACGGACGCCGCUUCAUCUCAGCAGCAACACACACAACGUCCUCUCGCCAACAGCAGCUGCAGUCAGGCAGCAGAAAGCACUUCGACCGGACCUCAUGCUGCACCAGCACCAGAGAAGACCGAGUGCAGAGAGGACCUGCCGCACAAAGGCCAUCCGAGAAAGUGACAGCUCGCUCAGUUCAGCUGCUCAUAUCGUUCCUUUUAAGUCUUUCAAGGCUAACAGGAAUUGCAGCUGAGUUGUUUCCAGUGUGGCCCAGACGAACUGCAAGUUGUAAACACAUUUACAGACUGGUCUGGCUCAAGGACAGGGAGAUGAUUUUACUUGAAUUUUGUAUUGUAAAUAUUUGCCUUCAGGCAUUGCAGACUCUCUGGUCUUAUUUAUUACGUUUGUAAGGUAUGAUGCGUUCGUAACAGGGAAAGAGGGAAGUUCUCAUUGGUUGACUAGCCAAGGCUCAACAUUUUUGUAUUCAUAAAUUGUUGUUUUAUGUCAUUUGGAUGUUGUUUUUUUUCUAAAAAUGUCUAUUUUUUAAAUAUAUUGCCAUGAUACAGAAUAGUAGAGGUAAUGCUGGGCAUCACUGUUGUAGGACCAAAAGGUACGAAAAGUCAGAAGUCAUGUUUUGUUUUUCCUUUUGAAUAAUGCAGCUUCUAUAGUACUGCUGUUCAUAGACUGAAGAAUUAGCUUUGGUUCACACUGUGAGCAACAUGACUGAUUUGUCAUUUUCAGAUCAGCUGUCAGCCGUAGUAUACAAUCCACAUACAUUUUUAUUCAUGUUUUGUUUCGUUUGUUUAAUAGCACUACAUCUCCUCAAAGAUUUAAACAUCGAAGCCACAGGGCACUUAUCAGAUUGCAAGAAAACAAAAUAGAUUUUUCACAGAACAGUCAUACCAGCAGGGAAAUCAGAUGUCACUGACUUAUUGGUCGUGUUCCUUGCAGUGUGAACUGACGGUCACAGGAUUGUAUUUCUUUCAUGUGGAGCCAGUCUGCGCAGGGUGACGUUGCAAAUCACAACGAGACGCUACGCAGCUGUGACUUUAAAGUACAAUCUGUUAAGAAGACACCAUCAAGUCGACUCAAAAGGUGCCAUGAUCUCAUCAGUGUCCUCUAAGCCAUAUCUUAGACAGAAAUGUCAGGAGAAAUGUUUGUAAUUUCAACACAGACAUUUUUUUUAUGCAUCUCUUUUCCACUUGGCAUCGUAAUCUUGACAUCACUUCAUAAAAAUGAUUAUGAAGCUCUACAUGUUGCACACUCAUGUUUGUCUGCUGCUUUUUUAGAUCUGAUUUGAACACUGAUGCAGCAUGACUUUGUGUCUUGCUGUAAACUUGCUCUACUCAAAGCAGGAAAAAACCAUCAAGCUGCCAAACUGAGGUCUGCGUUUUCUCCAGAGCCCAGAGGGACUCACAGGAUUUUCUUUGGCUUUUUGAAACGUUCUUGCAUUUAUUGUUCGGCCUUCCUCGCUUACCACAGCUACACAUUUUGAGUUUUGAAAGUGUUGCAUCCUCGUUUGUGUUCAUUUUUUUUCACAAUCAUGUUGAGUGACGCCAUGCGGAAAUGACCUGUUCCUACUUCAUUUACUGUGUAGUGAUGUUUACAUCAGAGGGGCAAGUGCACUAAUGUAUUUUGACAUAAAUUUUUGUAACUGAAUGUGAAAGCUAAACUGAAAGCAGCAGAGGGACACAUUUACAGUGAAUCUAAACCCAGGGCUUCUUUGAACAAAUGUUUUUUGUCUUUGUAUUGUACAAAUAUUGAUGUAUAUUUUGGUAACAAGGCUGUGUAUAAUUCCAAAUGUGCUCAAGUACAUAAUAUGCACAAUGACGAUGACUAUUUGUGGCACCAGGAUUUUUGGGAAUUCUGACUUGAGGGAAUGAGCUGGUUGGCUUUACAUUACAUUUUUCCACUACGGAGAUGGAGCAUUGAGGGUUAUUUUCUUAUUUGUCAGUGGCUGUUGCUAGCUUUUGUACUGACUUCUUCAGAGUCUUCUGUUUAUAAAGCAUCAAAAUUGUUGCUGUGUUAUUUAAACCCCUCUUCUUCCUUUAAAAAAAUCUUGUGAUGACAACCUUUCAGGAUUCUGUCGUCGUGUUCAUGAACCAAAUGAACAGAUCACAGAAUGGCUCAGUUAUUUUUGCAGUCUGACAGAAUUGUUUACAACGAACAAACAUGCUACGUACUGUACAAGCAUUUUAUAUCCUGUGGCUGUGUGCGAUGAAACCAUUUUCUUUGAUACCAUGAAAGGAACUUACAGAAGUUGCAUAUCUGUUUUUGUUCUGUUUUUAAGAAACCGUUCACGAAGAGUAAUUUAGCACCAAACUGAGAAGCAUUUUGUAUAUUUACAUGCACAUAAGUAGCAAGAUUAUCGUCUGGUUUUGUAGCGUGUUUUCUUAGAUGUCAUAUAAAGAAGAAGUUCGGUUUAAUUAAACUAAAUAAGGAUUAAGGGAAGAGUAUUCAAGUCAGAUUAACUAAAAUAGCCACUUUAACACUUAACCAAUAGUCACAUUUGCAAGUGUGAGACAGAUGGCACUGUGCAAAAAGCUAGAGAGAUUUACUGAAAAUCAUCACUGCACUUAAAAAUCUGCAAAUUUAGGUUCCAGAAUGAUAAAUGAUGACGUGGAAGGAAUCUCAGCUCUGGUUUCUUUUUACUAACGUGGUUUCUUAUGUGAAUGUAAACAUACUUUGUCACUUUGCUGAGCUCCACCAGUUGAGCUUCAGCCACUGGAGGUCAGCAAAUGCAAGGUCAGUUGUACAAGGUUCAACGUUUUGGGAGGUCAAACUGUUGUACAUGUGCAUGUGUUCUCCUGUGGACUCUUCAGUGCAUGCUGCAUGAGACAAGCACACAGAUGUAAUACUUGACUGCAUGGUAUACCGGCGUCGUUGCCCUCUACUGUGUUUUCUUGUGCAACGAAUAAACUUUGUAUUUCUCUUUGAA